AUGCCCUCAGAGACCUCAGAGUCCCUGGUCUACCACCGUCGCUCGCGCACACUAUCGAUCAAUAUGCCCCUUGAUGGCAUCACUGUGGUCUCCCUCGAACAUGCUGUAGCAGCGCCUUUCUGCACGCGACAGCUUGCAGACCUGGGUGCCCGGGUCAUCAAGGUGGAACGACCUGGCGUUGGAGAUUUUGCUCGUGCCUACGACUCUCGAGUGGAUGGACUUGCUUCUCAUUUCGUGUGGCUGAACCGGUCCAAAGAGAGCCUGGCACUGGAUCUAAAGAAUGCCCAGCAUAUGAAAGUGCUCAUGGCACUCCUCGAUAAGUCUGAUGUCCUCGUUCAAAACCUGGCUCCGGGUGCGAGCUCAAGGCUAGGUUUGUCAUAUGAGGCUCUGAAGCACAAGAAUCCGGGCCUUGUAGUCUGCGAUAUUUCGGGCUUUGGCGACAGUGGUCCGUACAGAGACAAGAAGUCGUAUGAUUUGCUUGUGCAAAGCGAAGCUGGUCUUCUCUCCGUCACUGGUAGCGAUAAUGAAGUUGCAAAAGUCGGCAUCUCCAUUGCCGAUAUCUCAGCAGGCAUGUAUGCAUACACCAACAUCCUCGCUGCUUUGAUGCAACGCCAGAAGACUGGCUCAGGGUGUCGGUUAGAUAUCUCCAUGUUAGAGAGCAUGGUGGAGUGGAUGAGCUUCCCUUUGUAUUACUCAUAUGAAGGAGCAACGCCACCACGGAGAACAGGAGCAUCUCAUGCAGCUAUCUAUCCCUAUGGUCCAUUCGACACUGGCGGUGGGGAGACGGUCACUUUGGGUAUCCAGAAUGAGAGAGAAUGGCACAAUUUCUGCGAGUCGGUUCUCGAGAGGCCGGAACUGAGCAAAGAUAGUCGCUUCGCGAGCAACUCGUUCCGAGUGCAGAACCGAGAGGAGCUCAAGGAGAUUAUUUGUGCCGCUUUCCAACCUUUUAGUGCAGCCGAGGUGCGGGCCAAGCUAGAUAAAGCGUCCAUUGCCAACGCGACCGUGAACACGAUGCAAGAUGUAUGGAACCACCCACAGCUCCGUGCGAGAGGCCGCUGGACUCAAGUUGAUACACCCAAAGGUCACAUUCCGGCCCUUGUGCCUCCUGGUGUCGCUACAGCAGCUGAGGCGAGGAUGGACGCGGUUCCUGCACUGGGAGAACAUACGGCAUCAAUAUUGAAGGAUCUGGGCUUCAAUUCCGAGAUAUUCUAA